AUGAUCCUGGCAACCAUGCACUCGGCCCAUUGUUAAACAUAGAUAACUAGGCCAUUGCAUACCUUCCUUAUAUUUCCUCGUCAACAAGUAAUCUACACAUCGACCAUCUUCGAAAUUCAGCAAGACGAGAAAACCCCCCCGGAAUAAACGCUCACCUGAAACACAGCACAGCAUAUCCCCAAAAGCAAGACCAGACAGAUCCGACUACUACCACUUAUAUACACAAAGCACCCACUAAACAGCCUCCUCAUCUACCCACGACAUAUUUUCCACCGUCAAGACCGCUUCGCCCACAACCCAGGUAUACCCAUCGCAAGCCUUCCUACCAAUACCCAGAUAGACAUCACCGAGGUAUUUCCUGCGACUGUUAUUCUAGAUCUUUACGAGUUAACUCAAGAGUCGUUGAAAGGAUGGUAUGUGCACUGUGUGGUUUAAUUUAGAUGUUAUGCUUAUUGGGAUUUAGGAAGAUUCAUUCAGCACGGGUAUGUGGUGACUGGGAAUACGACGAGGUUUCUUAUGAGGUUGCUUAUGUUUGGUUUGUCAAGAAACAGGAGGGUGAUGUGAAUGAGGUUUUGAAUAAUGCUAACCACAACGAUGAUGGUGCUCGCCAAGCAGAAGAAGGCACUGGUCAUGGAGGCAGUGAUCUAGGAAGAGACGUAUCACGAUACAACGAGGCACAUGCAGAGAAUGGGCACGAGAAUGAGAUUUCUGGUCUCAAACUGGCAGACUUCCUUCCAGCUACGUUCAUGGCUAGCCAAGAUACAGCCGUGCCAAUAACUGAUCCCUUUCAUCCUCGACCAUCGAAAAAUCUCCUCUCGGGAUUCGGAAAACCCUCGACCCUUUUUUCAAAGUUUCCUAGUUUCGGAAGUCCUCCACGCAAUCUCUUUGGUCGGACAACAUCACGUCCUGCCAAUAACCUCUUUGAGAGUCCUCUACAACAUCUAUGGGUUGCCUCACAGUUAGCCGAUUGUAGCGGGAAUUGUAACGAGUUUAGAGGGUAA